UGGGGGGGGGGGGGAUGCCUGCAGGAGAGACCUAGGCACAGGGUGCAGCGGGGCUUGAAGCAGGCUCUGAAGGGCCAGGAAGGGGGUGGGCCUCAGGAACUCUCAGUGCAAACCCUCCCCCAGGUUUUGUUGCAAGUCCUCAUUAUCAUCACUGGCAACUAUAACUUCUUCAACCUGCUCACGCUGGUGCUCACCACCGCUCUUCUGGAUGAUGGGCACCUGACUGCUACACCUGGCAACAGCCACUGCAAAAAGACAGCCAGUUCCUGGCCCAGGACGCUGCUGGCUGUGCUGUCUCUGCUCUUGGAAUUCACCAUCUACGGGCUGCUAGCCUAUGGUACCGUGCACUACUUCGGCCUGGAAGUUGACUGGGAGCAGCAUGCUGUCCACUCCAGAACCACUUUUACCUUCCACCAGUUUUCCCAGUGGCUGAAAACGGUGACCCUGCCCACCAUGUGGCUGGGGGUGGCCUCCCUCACCUGGGAACUGCUGACUGCCCUCUGGAGGUGGACCCAGGUGCGAGGGUGGCCGAGGAGGCUCUGCACUGCAGUCCAGCUGCUCAUCUUCGGCACUGCCACGGUGGCCUUGUUUGUGAUCAGCCUGGUGCCAUACUCCUACAUGGAACCCUCAACCCACGGGCGACUCUGGACUGGGGCCCACCGCCUGUUUGGCACCGUAGAGCACCUACAGCUGGCUAACUCCUACGGCCUCUUCCGCCGGAUGACCGGUCUGGGUGGGCGGCCCGAAGUGGUGCUGGAGGGCAGCUAUGACGGGCACCGCUGGGUGGAGAUCGAGUUCAUGUACAAGCCCGGGAACGUGAGCCGGCCACCCCCCAUCGUGGCGCCCCACCAGCCCCGCCUCGACUGGCAGAUGUGGUUCGCAGCCUUGGGCCCACAUUCUCACAGCCCCUGGUUCACGGGCCUGGUCCUGCGCCUGCUGCAGGGCAAGGAGCCUGUGAUCCGCCUCAUCCAGAACGACGUGACUAAGUACCCCUUCCACAAGCAGCCACCCACCUACUUGCGGGCCCAGCGCUACAAGUACUGGUUCUCACAUCCUGGGGAGCAGAGCCAGUGGUGGCGACGCCAGUGGGUAGAGGAAUUCUUCCCACCAGUGUCCUUGGGGGACCCGACGCUGGACAUGCUGCUCAGACAGUUUGGCCUUCAGGACAAGAGCCCACCCCGAGCCCGCAGCUCCAGCAACACCCUGGCCCAGGCCCUCCACUGGGUCCGGAGACAGCUGUCUCCCCUGGAGCCUUCCACCCUGCUCUGGGGGCUCCUCGCCGCAGUGGGGGCCAUCAGGGUCGUGCAGGCCCUGCACUCAAGGCCUCAUUCCCCCCGGUCUUCCCCUCCGGGGAAGGAGGAGAAGCACAGGCCAGCCCCGAAGAAGGACUCCGGAGCUGCCACCAAACGAGCUGCCCCAGCCCCUGACAACUGUACGAGCAGUUCCCAGUCCCCAGGGAGGAAAAAAUAGCUGCAUCUGUCAGCCACACGUCCGGAGAGGGUCAGGGUCCCCAGCACGUCUCUGGCCUUCUGCCACAGGACACGAUCCAGCCAGCGUGCCUUAGCCAACUGCCGUGACAGAUGCAGGAUGGGGUGCCAUCCUCCGGGGGGGGCCUCUGGCUUCCCUGCUGCGCGGAGGGCCCACUCCCCAGACACACACCAACCGUGCCCUCCCCACGCCAUCUCCUGGCCUUGACCCACGAGGCAGGCAUGUGACCCAGCUCAAGGUCUUUGCCGGGACAUUGUACCAGGGCUGGGGAAGCCCUUUCCCUCUGUAGGGAUCCAAGCCUGAUGCCCCAGCCACAGCUCCCGCGCCAGAGGGUCUGAGGCUGACUUGCUGGGGCAUGGAGGGAGAGGGAAGACAGUCCUGAGACUCCUGCCAUUUGGGUCCAGGAACCAAUAAAGGUGUCUCUGUGCUUGACCACG